AUGCCUCAUCUACGGUCGUUGCUCGUUUGGGCUUGCCUAGGUGCAUCAUUUGCGAGAGCGCAAGAGGUUGUUUAUGUUACUGAUCUUUCUAUUUUCACCGUGUUGGCUCCAUGUGCAGCGUCCGCAGUAUCUGAGAAUGUCCAGGCGCAAACAAAUCAAAACUGCCCCGAAGCUGUAACAGAUCUCCAAUCAUGUGUUUGCACGAAAAACAACAACUUCGCCUCGAUAUCGACGGGAAUUUCGAGUUCAGUUAGCCGUAGUUGUGGUUCGACUGCGUCCGAAGACCAAGCGAGUGCGGCGAGCGUGUUUAACGCAUACUGUAACCAGGCCUCAAUUACACCCUUCCCAACCCCUUCUAAUCCGGUCACACAAUAUAUUACCGACUUUGCAGCGUGGCAGGAUCUCGCGCCUUGCGCCGCAAGUGGAUUGUCUUACAUCGUCCAGAGUAUGACUUAUGAUCUAUGCCCUGCAGAGCCGAGCCUUCUUGCGACAUGUGUAUGCAAUAAGAACCAGAAUUCUUUGCUAGCCAGUCAGGGUAUCAACAAGUCUGUGAAAGCAUCAUGCUCAUCACAUGUUGAGGAUAUAGACUCGGCACAAGCCGUUUUCUCAGGCUACUGCGGGCUGAUCAAAGGAACCUCGUCAUUCCCAACGACUUCGGACCCCCCUGGCGAUAUGACAUAUCAUAUUACCGCGCUACCUGAAUAUAGCUCGCUGGCUCCUUGCGCACAGUCUGCAUUGUCGUAUGGAGUAUUAAGUCAAACCUAUGAUCUCUGUCCCGAUGGUCCAAAGGCCCUCGCGUCAUGCGCUUGUCUUAAAAGUAGCAUGUCUGGCUUUAUGAGUAAUGCCAUCACCUCCGAUGUGAAAUACUCUUGUGAUUCGACAGCGACUGAAGAUGUCAGUUCAGCAUUGCUAGUGUUUGACCUAUAUUGCAGUGCUGCCAAAGGGCUAACAACUCCAGCUGGAGUUACCGAAUCUUUGGAGCAAACAAUGGCUACUUCGAACAGCGGGGCUUCUGGACCGAAAGAGACCGGGGUUUCAGGGGGAUCUGGAAGUUCAAGUUCCGAAGGCGGCGGAGGGCCUUUGGAGUCUGGAGUAUCGAGUAGCGAUUCUACUAAUAAAUCUAAUACGGGUACAAUUGUUGGAGUUGUAGUUGGGGUCUUGGCCGCUCUUGCGCUUAUAGGACUCGCAGCAUUUUUCUUCUGGAGACGACGGAGGUAUGGUCAGAACGGUAGUGGGACGGUAUCGCAACCUAUUGGCUCGGGAUACAGCGGGAAACCCGAGCUUGAUGGUAGCCAAAAUCUAGAUGUGCUAAAAAACCAAGAAGCUACCCGGGUCGACAACGUUUCGCCGGUGUCCGCAUAUAGCUCACCCAAUACGCCGGAGCUUCAGGGCCAUGGUGGGUAUCCUCAGCCGCCUAUUCCACAGAUGCCCGAGCUACGCGGUCAGAAUCACACAUCACAAAUACCAAGUCCCAUCUCCCCAUAUACUACGCAAGAGGCAUAUGGUCAGCCAGUAUACGAAGCUCCAGCUCAGAGCGAACCUCGAGUGUAUGAAGCGCAUGGUCAACCUAGGUCAGAACUUGAGGGUAUGGGGUGGCAAUCCGGACCUGUAACUGGGUUUCACGAAGUGGACGGGGGCUAUAAAGGACAAUAG